UCGUGCGCCAUUUUCUAUUUUUGCAUAGCAGUGAACUAGUGUUGUGUGUGUACAUUUUGUGUGAUAAAUCGAUGGAUUACUAAUAAUUGGAGGAGGACGUCUUGAAUUAAUGAAAUGAUUUUCGGGAACACGUGCUUCGAAUCUCGCGCAAUCAGUUUAUUUUGCGUUUCUCUUUUCUAUUAUCGUGCGUAAAGCUGUAGUUUGUAGCACGUAGCACGUAAACACUUUUUCUUCAUUUCUCUUUUCAACGAGUGAGAGUGGCCGAGCUGUCGGUAUUAGAACCACACGGGCAAUCGACGAACGAUUUGUUUGCCCGAUCGAAAUUCUUUCCUCGCUUAACGAUAAACCGCGAUAUAGAACGGAAAACCAAUCUGUGAUACUAAACAGUACUAAGAUAUAUAGCUAGGUAUAAACUCUACAAUUAGAUAUACGUAUGUAUGGCGUAUGAGACGUAGAUAGAUCACAUAAAGGAUCUAGAAAACAUAAAAGUCCGUAUAGUGUGUGCUGUGAAUUUUCCUUGGCCGAGGACGAAAAGUGUAGAAGAGCAGAAGAAUGUCUCAGGAAUCUGUGACAAAUGACAAGCAACUGCCAACUCCAAAAGAUGAAGGAGAUCAAGCAAUUAUAUCAAUGUCAGUAGCUGGGGAGGUAACUGACACUUCAAUUGUGGAAGUAGGCCGAUCACGACCUCAAUUUCAAUAUUCCAGGGAGGAGUUAAUGGUAUUAAGGAGUUUGCCAUUAUCUAAAAGGAGGCCUGAUUUCUUAGAUACCUCAUAUAACAAUUCACGUGAUCCUGAAGGUUGGCAUUCAGGUUGGAAGCGAAGCGAUACUCCUCCGAAAGAAGAAAGGACUGGACGCGGUGAUCAAGUAAAUGAAAAUCAUGGUAAACGUCGCAACGCAGAUCCACGAGAACGAAUUCGUAAAGAACAAGAUGGCAUAGUUUUGAGCCCUCAACGUAGAAGUUUUAAUUCGGGUUGCUUUGUUCACGUGAAACUUAAACCUUUAAUUCGACGACCGGAGAGCCCGAUAGGAAAGACAGAGGUCAGUCACAGGGAACCUGUUCGACGAAUCGGAAGUGGCAGGAUUUUGACUCGUGACAUAUGGGACUUUAGAGCUGAGAAUGAGAAACUGGAACCUGAACGUUCGGACCUCACUUUUCGAUCUGGAUCAAGCGGGGGUAGUUCUAUGCGCGAGCGCGACAACAGGGACAAUCGGGAUGGAAAGGAUCGAGAAAACGUACGGGAAAGAGAUCGGGAGCGCGACAAUUUGCGCGAACGGGAUGACAGGAAUGAACGUUACGAGCGGAGAUCCUUUGGUCGCGACUAUGGGGAUAGAGAGAGAGAACGCGAUCGGGACAGGGGAACCGAACGAAACGAUCGUAACCAUCAAUCGGAUCGUGAGAAGGAUCGCGGGAGGGAACGAAGAUUCAGCAACGAUCGUAGGCGAACGUACAGCGACAAUCGUACCGAAGCUGACGAACCAGAGUGGUUCAGUUCUGGACCGACGUCUCAGCACGAUACAAUCGAGCUGAGAGGCUUCGAGGAUAUUCCCGAGGAGAAGGUUGUAAACAACAAUAGUAAUACUAAAAGUAAGAGGCAGACACCGAUGCAGAAGAAACGCGGGAAGAAGAAUACCGUGGAGAAGGAUGAGAAGCAAAGUGAAAAUUCAGCCGGUCCGAAGGGGCGUAGUACGCCGACCACGAUGGAUCAACCUAUAACCGUUGUCGCCGCGCCGCAUUCUCCGAUCUCUGAACAGAACGAAUCAUCGUCGAUCGCGCAAAAAACGAAUCACGAUACCAGCGAGAGCGCCGCGACCGAACCGAGUUGCGAAAUAACCGAUAAUUCAAGUACCUCGAAUCAAAAUCAAGAGGAUAGUCACCUGGAUUUCAAUCUCGACGAGUUUUUGAAAUCGGACACGUUCUCUGGCGUUCCUGGCCUUUUAACAAAUGGAGUCGGCUCAAACGGAGGAUCUUGUUCGCGAUUUAGUCAGUGGUUCAAAAGAGAAAGUCCGGUUCAACAAGCGGACAGUCGCAGAACUUCUAUACAAGACGAUAUACUGAAUAAUCUUCUUAACGAUAUUACUGAGCCAAAUAUUCAGAUUCCGUCGGUAACAGAGUCUAACACAUAUUUUGCUCCUAUUUCUCCUGCCAAUACGACGACACAUACUACUACAUCUACUACUGGAAUAAAAUUAUUAGAAAUGCUGCAACGUGGGAGCAAGGGAAGUCAGAAUGGACAAGGGGAUGCAACUAGUACUGUUGUACCAUUAAUGAAGAGCACGUCUAUUAAGGAUAUGGAAGUUGGUGGGAAAGUUGUGCAUAGCUUGGAGGAAUUAGAAGCAAGUAUGCGAGGUGGUGCUCCUCCACCCACGUCUUUGACUGAUCAACCUCGUGUAAAUAAGACUGAAGAAGAUCUCUCUGCUUUUAAGAAAUUGCUUGCUCAAGUGACUGGAGGACAAGCUAUACCAGCAGCAAACGGUCCUAUAUCCCAGAAACAACCUGUAACGCUGUUGCAACUGCUUAACUCACAACUGAAAACCCAACCAAUCGCCCCACCGCAACCGGUACCGGAACCAAUUCAUGCUACGACGUUUAAUCAUGUUGGACCUCUUGGACCAAAUCAGCACCCGCAUCAUGCACAGAUGCAUCACGAAAAUUUGAUGAAAGUAUUACAAAUUCAACAGCAGCAGCAGCAGCAGCAGCAGCAGCAGCAGCAACAGCAACAGCAACAACAACAACAACAACAACAACAACAGCAGCAGCAGCAGCAGCAGCAACAACAGCAGCAUUCUGAUAUGUUGUCAAUGAUGAUGGGUGGUCAACGAAUAGUAGGCAUGAGUUCUGCACAAAUGAUGCUUAACAAGGCUCCUGCGAGUCGGGAACUCCUACAGAGACCAGAAGCUCAAGCCAUUAUUCAAGGUCUACAACAGGGAGAAAUAACUAGGCAGCAUCUUAUACAACAAUUGCAGAAUCCAGCUAUGCAACGUCGUCACAGAGAAAUUUUAGUAAAUAUAUUAAAAAUUUAUGGUGGUACCACUCCGCGUACAAUAAGUCCACACCCUAGUGCACCUACAUCACAAGAUCAUAUCUUGCAACAGAUGUUGUAUCAACAACAACAACAAAGGAUUCCAUCCCCCAUGAAUAAUGCAUACUGUCCACCUGCAAUUAUAUCUCCAAAUUUGACAGUUAGCCCCAGUGUUUUAACAGUACAGCAUCCAGUGAUGCAGCAUAAAGUUCCUUCACCGCGGGCGAUUGUUAUGCAUGCACAGACUAUAAUGCAAAAUGCUCUAAUUAAGCAAAAGUUGGAGGAACAACGUGAGAACUACCGUAAGCGGCAGGAUGAAGAAGAACAACAAGCUCAGCAGAGAGCGUCGAGUCCUCUUAUUAAUUCACCGGCGAAGCAGACCAUGAGCCCAACGCCACUCGCUUUUACCCCAACAUCAGUGUUACGUAAAAUGACUGCUGAUAAGGAACCUGAGGGCAAUAGUAACGAUCCAUCGAAAUUGGCAGCUCAAUCUCAAACAUCGCAGAUACAACAAAUGCAGUCUGCCGUUCAGUUACUAUCACAAGGUGUUCUUUCUCGGCAUAACACAUUGCGAACACAAUCUGUUCAAUCCACGCGGUCGAAUCCAACUAUCAAACAGCAUCCAGGCCGACCAAUAGUGAAAGGUGGCAGCGGAAGUGGUGGUAAUCAGUUUCAAUAUAGCGGGAAUACAGACUUUCAACAACAACAACAGCAACAACAACAACAUAGGACGGUUUCGAGCGUGUAUGGGAAUCCAGCACGGUCCAAACAUACCAUGACUACACCUAUACCGCAUCACAGUGUCUCGCAAUACAAUGUUGCUCAGAAUACAAUGAUAAAUCAGAGGUCAAAUACCAUGAGCAACCAAAUGAAAAUGGAUCAGAUUCAGUCGCAUCUCGCUAAUAUGCAACAUCAGCCGCAACAACAGCAACAGCAGCAACGGACUAUGAAUUCGCAGAUGCAAAUUAUUUUGAAUCAGAACUACAAUUCCAGUCGAUCAGAUGGGCGAGUAAUGCGAUCACAGCAACUAAACAUACCUGUGGGUCGUCAAACAUCACCGGGUUUAGGAUAUGUGGGUACUAAUGGUGGAGAUCUUUCACCGACUUCGAAUCAAUUGGCGCGAUGGUUUAGUCCAGAACUUCUCGCUCAGGCACGGGCUGGUAAGCUUCCGGAGCUUGUCCAGACGAAUGUCUUAUCGUUGGAAGAAUUAGAAAGACUUCAGCAUGCAUCGACUACAGUGCAUAAUUAGAUUAAUAUUGUACCUUCUCAUAUUUACAAUUGCAAGCAGAGAAUUCUAUUGGCAGUUUACUGUCUGUGACAAAUUAUACCUUUUAAAUUAGAUGGCUUUUCAUAUUAAACACUCAGUAUGAAGAUUCACUCGUAUUUAAAAAAAAAAGUCUGUUUAAGUGAUACAAUGUAAAAAAAAAAAAAAAAAAAAUUCUGCUUGCAUACACAGAGUCAUUUAGGCAAUAAACCUUGAAGGGAGUAAGGUUUAGAAAGAAGUUAUAUCCACCCUUGGUCAGAAACAUUUUUGGACACGGUACAGAUGGAUUGAGCAGUAUUUCCUUUUGUAUGGGAACGUCCUUUUUUUUAGUAUCUUACGACUUAUUUGUAACAAAUUUUACAAAGUGUGUUAACUGAAAGCUACAAAUGUACAGAGGAAUAUGGAAUAAGAUGUAAGAUUGAAACUAAUUAACGCAAAGCGAGGCCAUUUAAAAAGUCGUCUGAACGAACAGCUUUCUAUGACAAAGAUUUAUUGCUUAUAAGACUGAAAAACAUGGAAAUUCUUAUUAUUGACUGUGAGAAAGUUUGAGUACUGUAUCGCUACGCAUACUUUCUAAAUGGCAGAAUAACGAAAAAUUAUUUGCCUAAGCACGGACAGCAAGUUUUUUUUUAGUUACGAAAUCAUUGUACUUCUAGGUUUAAAAAAUUUACAGCUGCGCCUCGAAAUCUAAAAUUAUUCGAAUUUAAUAUUAUUGUACAUUUUAAUAUUACGGGAAUCGUACUAAUGAUCAGUAAUGGUUAGCUUGCAAUGUCUUUCAGGCAAAUAAUGUUCACGAAAGCUUGGAAAAUGUUUGCAUAUUUGCAACACUCUCGAGUACAGUUACAUAUACAGAGAAAAGUGUCAUAUAUUAUAUUUUACUUACCAUGAUAUGGACAAUGCGAGUCGUAUGGACAAAAUGGACAUACGGGAUAAAGUAACGAGAGCGAGCACUCAUCAGGUCUUGCAUAACGUAAUAAACGAAAAAAAAAAAAAAUAUAUAAUAUAUACUUUGUAGAAGUGUGAGGGUACAGUGUUUUAUUAUCAUGUUCGAAAAUGGAAGUUAGCAGUUAACCAUGGCAGAUAUAUAAGAGAUGCGUUCGCAGAAUUUAUUUAACGCAAGAAUUGAAUAGAGAAACAUUCAAGAAGCAUAAAGAGAACAUUCCACCGGUCAUAGAGGGACAAAAACAACUGAAACGUGUUUAGAAAUUCAAAAGAUUUAAUGCCAAUAUUGCUGCCGACGUAUGUUUGCUUUAUAAUUAACUUGUUAUUUUUGUGAUUGCAUUUUUCGUACAAUUAUAAUAAUUAUAUUUGGCCUAUAGUAAUAAUAAUAUUAAUACAAAAACUUGGAUUUCCUUUCUUAAUUUUUUCCGUUACGCUAAUUAAUGAUAAAUUGGAGUCUCGCGCUGAUUACGUGAAAUUGCAUUUUCCUCUUGAUUCAGAAACAAUAGUUACUCGAACAUUUCAGAAUAUUUGCAAGCCACGGAAGGAUACUAAAAAAGCUAACAUGACGUUAAAAUAAAUAAAAAAAGUAUUUUUCUACAUUUCUUUUUCGUAUGCAUGCAGUGACAUUCAUUGAAUUGUAAAAUUCGUGAACACCCGUUAAAUCUACACUUUGUUUUACUACAAUAUUCUAUUUAAUAAAAUUGAUUUUCUCGUUCGAAUAUAUUUAUCGUGUCUUCGCUUAUCGAAAUUUUUCAUAUGAUUUUUAUACAUUUUUAUUAUUACGUUGUUACGAAGUUAGUACUUAACAAUUUUGCGUAUCCUAAAUUUCCAUUGCAGUGCAAAUUUGUUUUUAUGGCAGUAUAUCUUACAAAUUAAACAAUGAGUAUAUUUGUAAAAAUUUAUCACGUAAUGUACACAAUUGUACAUUAAAUGUUGAUUGCAAAAAUAAUUCGCAAAUACAGAAUGUUUCAUGUAUUUAUCGUAAUAAAAGGACAGUCGUAUAUAACAUAAAUAUUAAAGAACAACUUAAUCAGACUCUGAUUUAAUAGUCGCAAUACUGUAGCUGCGCUGCAGUUUUAAUCUUGUACCAUAAAGAAAAUGCGAUUAGAUGUUUUUGAGGUUCUCCGAACAUUAUAAUUGUCGUUUCAUUAAUAAAAAGAAAAAAAAAUUAGUGAAACAUGUAAUAUAUUAUCCACUAUAGUUAGAAAUCUCUCGUUUUUUAGUAUAUUCAUUGUCCUAAAGUAUCUCGAUAUGUCAAAGAUGUAAUGUUCAGAUCACACUUUCAAUUGCCCGAUCAAUCUCUGUUCACUGUUCAGACUUACAUGACGCGUCCAUAAGUGUGGAAACCAUACUAUGUAAAAGACAAAGCCGUUGGAAGUUACUUAUCAGGAAUGUAAUUACUACAAGUACUGCCAACAACAAAUGUAUUAGUGUUAUUAAGUACCAAAAGAAUAGAUAGUGAUAUUUGUUCUCGAAUAUCACCUUCAAGUAACAUUGUUGCCUUAGGAGAGGCUAUUACAAGUGAAAUCUAUAAAAUACUAACAAGAACAAUUAAAAAGACAAAUGUUCUUUACAAAGCAAAUUGCAUUUACGU